ACAAGUGAAAAUUCUUGAAGAGAUAUACAUGUACAAACAAACAAACAGUAACUCAUUAAAGAGAGAGAGAAACAUGAAUCAGCUUAAUUUUUUUUUCCUUUAUAUUAUCUUAUAGCUAGGACUGCCAUUUAGAGAUGCGGAUGAGUUUCACUCCAAAGAAAACAAAGAGAAAAUGUCUAAUGGAAUCCCUCUGACUGACCAGGAUAGACUUCCAUGGUUAUUAGCAAUAAACAAGUACAUGAAAGGAUUGUCAAAAGAGGGGAAAUCUGGUGUUGUUACUUGCUCAGCACUAAAGAAAGUAUACAGAGAUGUCUUGGUAAAUGGUUGUUCAUCUGAGGAUCCGAUUCCUGACAUUUUGUUUGUCCUUUUACAUGGUGACAGGGCGGUGAUCCAGGGCAGAUUAAACAGUCGCUUUGGUCAUUUCUUGCCGCCCUCUCUACUAGACUCUCAGUUAGCUACUCUAGAAAUUCCAACCAUAGAUGAAAAAUGUAUCCAAGUGGACAUCAAAGUGCCUCCAGCUGAAAUUGUGGAUCAAAUUAUCGAGAAAACAAAUCUCUUGCUUUGAUUAUCAUAUUACCAUUCAUUAUGUGGAUUCUAUAAAAGUUUCUGUUAAUAUAGGCAAUUAUUGUAUUGAGAAAUAAAUUUCACUCAUAUGUCACAGAGAACUAGUUUAGAAAUAAGUAACAUGCAGUCUUUUCACUUUUUAACUCAACUCAACGAAAUUGUGGGGAGGUAAUAUGAUACCCUUGGCGUCAGUGUUUGCUUUGGCUUCCCAGGUUAAAGUUUUUGUGCGAUUUCUUUUUAAGUACGUUUUUGCCCUACAUUAGUCAGAGAUGCAUGUAGGAUGCUUCUACUGAGUUUCAGUUGUACCAGUCAAGGUUUCAGAUGCUGCAAUAUCAGCAAUGGAAUGACCAGAUUAAUGUUUGUGAAGCAGCUAGGUUCAAGUUUUUGUUGCAGGUUAAUGUUUUUUAUGCAAGUCUCAUUUCCAAGUAACUAUGUACUGGUAUAAACUCUAUGCUGAUGAAACUUGCAUGGAUGAUACAUCUAAGGAUGCACACUACCAGGCUUGCUUAGGAUGCUAGAAUCGGACCUGCAUUUUCCAAAUGAGUGAACAGGUUAAAGUUUUUGACACUGGUCUUAUUUCCAAGUAACUAUAAAUCCUAUGUUGACCAAACUUACAUGAA